AUGAUGGAUUUCCUGGCAAAAGGAACUGCAGUUACGGGAGUUUCCAAAGCUUCACUCCUACAGAAAUUGCGGGAGGUUGAUCCAAGAGGCGCGGGUUGUCGACCAAAGGCGUCUGCCUCCAACUACAUUGCCCAGAUGGAGGCGCGGUCCUGUGGCUACGACACCCUUCAUCCUCCUCCUUCUUCUUAUGACUUUGCACCAUCUGUCUUUCCCCUCUUUCCGUCCAUCAAGUCAUUUCUGAAUGGAAAACGUUUUCAAGGUGAUGAUGCGCUGAUUUCUGAAACCACUUCAUGGCUUCAAAGGCAACGCGCUACCUUCUACUUGCCAGGAGUCCACAGCUGUAUAAAAAGACAACAGAUUACCUCUGAUACAUCAAACAAAUCAACACAGCUGACACUUACUGAUUGA